AUGGACACAUCAUUGGCGAUAGUGCAAAAAUCUCUAAAAAUAGUGCAGAUGGAGCUGGUUGUUGCUCUGUUACUAAGACGAUUGCCUAAAGUUCAGCCAAUUUUGCCAAUCCUUGAGGCCCAUCCUUUACCAGGGACUUUCAGCCUGAGGCUGGCUGGUAAGGGAGACGGACCACAUUUGGCCAUUGUGGCAGUCCGGAAACUCCAGGAAGCAAGAGAAGAAGUUGCUAAAGCCUCUACCAUGGAGGAGUGUAUGGUUAUCAGAUGCAGAGUAGCCAUACUCUGGAAGCCUGAUGCAUCAUUUCCUACUGAAGAGGUAGAUGUGGCCCCACCAAAGGCAAAGGACAUUCACAUAAAGUUUGCUGUCUUUGGUGAUAAAAUUAUCACAUUCUUUCUACCACAAUGUGGAGAAUGUAUCGCUUGCCUGAAAUUUGGGGAAAAUUAUUGUAUACAACACAAACAGUCAAAAACCAACCUAAUGUCUGCUGGUACCAGUAGGUUUACCUGCAAGGGAAAAUCAGUACAUCACUUUGCUGUUACAAGUACCUUCUCUGAAUAGGCAGUGAUAAAGGAAAUCUCAGUUGCCAAGAUUGAUGCAGUUGCACCUCUGGAAAAAGUGUUUCUAAUUAGCUUUGGUUUUUCCACUGGGUUUGGUGCUGAAAUCAACCCUGCCAAGGUGACACCAGGCUCUACCUGUGUCAUGUUUGGCCUUGGAGGAGUUGGCCUGUCUAUUAUCACACGCUACAAAGUGGCAGAAACAGCCAGGAUCAUUGGAGUGGACAUCAACAAAGACAAAUCUAAGAAGGCAAAGGAAGUGGGUGCCACUGAGUGCAUCAAACCCCAGGACUUCAAGAAACCCAUUCAAAAUGUUUUCUUUGAUGUGACAGAUAUGGGUGUAGAAUUUUGCUUUGAGGUCCCUGGAAAUCUGGACACUCUGUCUGGAAGAGCUAAGAGCAUGUCCCUAAACUGGUUUCUGAUUAUAUGGCAGAGAAAUUUAAUCUAUAUCUAG